GUAUAGGGAGGAACGAGCCUGGGGCACGCGACAGCGCAGCUCCACGUGAGCCCUUCGCGUGGACUGCCCGCUGGAGCAGACUUUCUGUCAGCUGCUUCAAUCGGACCGCUUCAGAACCGCUUAGUUAUCAAGAAAUGGCGGUCGCGACCCAGGCUCCCCCGGCAGGCAAAACAGUCGACGACGCUUCAGAACAGUCGGCCCCGCUGGUCCCGGUUCGCCUCUUCUUACACAUACUGUCAAAGCUACCUCCGAACGACAUCAGUGCCACGGCACGGCUAAUCAGUAAAGAAGCGAAAGCGCAAUACUCGUUUCCCAAGCAUCUCAUCGUCAGCGUGCCCAAACCGGCACCGUCAGGCUCUCACGGGCGGCCAAGCACAGCCACGGCCGCUGAGCGCUCCAACAGCACAGCCCCGAAUGCCGUCCCCGUUCACGCCAUCGUGUGGCUGCUGAGCACGGAUGCAGCCGUGCGCGGCGAGGUGACCCUCCGCCAGCGAUGCCACCUUCGCGACAUGCUGCCUCGCCGGCCACACCUGACGCCGCCGGAAGCCGUGCCCGCGGCCAGCGCGGCGCCAGCGGCGCCGGCGGGCCUCUCAGCAGCACGCGAGUCUUACUCGCCGCCGACGGAGCAGCCUGCGGAGGUGGGAGGGCGGGAGGGUCAGCAAGCAGCUGCCAUCGUCGAUGUCAGCCAGCAGGCUGCGGCCGCAACGCCGUCACCCACGCCUGAGGCGCCGCAGCCAGCAACAGCAACAACGGUGGCGCUGAAGUGGGACGAGGACUCCCGCCUGGAGGCCAGCGGCGCCUGGCUCUGGCGGCUGGAAGCCUACCGAGGCAACACCACAGGCACAAGCACCGACAGUAGCAGCGGUGGUGGCAAUAGCAGCGGUGGCCGUAGCGGCGGCAGCGCCGCAUUUAGGGCCGGCGGAAAGCUCCUGGAGGACCUGUAUGCGGACGUGGCGCCGGCCUGGGUGGUGCGCGCGGUGAGGGGUGCGGCGGCGGGUGGGCCGCGUGGCGCCGCGCUGGCGGCGGCGGUGCUGGCGGCGGCGCGGCACGGCGACGGGGAUGCGCUUGAGUUGCUGAGCCGGGCGGCCGUGGCGGCCGGCGGCGUCAACUCGCUGGUUGGCGGUGAGGACGCCGCAGCGGCCGAGGCGGCAUCGGCAGCGGCGCGCGACGUUGCGGCCGUGGGGCUGACGCUGGGCUUGAUUGCCGGCGAGGUGCCGCUGCCGUUGGUGCAGCGGCUGCUGGGAUGCAAUGCAGCCUGCGGCGGCGGUGGCGACGGAGGUAACAUGGGAUCUGCGGCUGGUCAGCAUGGCUCGUGCGGCCAAUGGCUGUUGAAGAGCCACCUUCCGUACCUGGCGGCGGCGCUGUACGUACGGAGCUGCCGAAAAGCCUCGGACUGCGCACUUGCGGGCGAGACGGAGGAGGAGGCAGGCCUGCUGCGGCGGUGGCUGAAUGAGCUGCAGCAACUGGGGUUCGCGCUGCCACUGGGGGAGCACGCCGGCACACACAACGUGUUUCUGUCGGCGGUGCGGCUGGCAGCGGCGGGCGAGGUCUCACACGAGCUGCUGCGCUGGCUGCGGCAGGCGGGCGCCGACACAGGGCCAGCGGGCUGGGCGUACGCCGCUGCUGCGGGCCACCUCGACGCGCCCAGCAGCAGCAGCAGCAGCAGCAGCAGUAGCUGCAGCAGUGCCGCCGUCCCUGAUGAGGGCUGUAGCAUCAGCUGCAUUGGCGGCAGUAGCGAUAGCAGCAGCAUGCAGGUGAUGAGGCUGCUGACAGAGUUGGGUGUGCCGCUGGGGCCUGGCGCCGCAGCUGACCUGUGGCGGCUGCCGCCGCCGCUGUUUGCAGCCUACACCGCCCAGCUGUUGACAUCUGCGGCUGGCGGUGACAAUGGAGGCGAUGGCGGACGUGGCGGCGGCGAAGGCAACGCCGUGGUUGGGCUGGGGCCGCUCGCGGAUGCAGGGGCGCUGUUCGCGAUUGCACGGCGGCUGGACGCCGCCACCGCCGCCACAACCGAUGCUGCUGCAGCCACCACUGCUACUGCCACGGCGCUUGGCAACGCUGCACCUGGCUCGGCAGCUGCAGAUGGCGCCGAGGCGGCAGCUGCAGAUGGGACCGAGGCGGCAGCUGCAGCCCCAGCAGCCGCCGUGUCGCGCAGGACGGCUGCAGCACAAACGCGUGUGGCGUGCCUGCUGGCCGCGGGACUCCGACCGCCGGCACCGCCCAAGCCGCCGGCUCAGCCUCACACGCGCCCAGAGUCGGAGCUGCAGCCGGUGUCGUCUCACGGCCCGGACGGCGCCUCCGCGGCUCCGUCCCCGUGUGGCAGUGCUCUUCUUGUCGCCGAUGGCCACGGCGCGCAGACGUCUCCCUCUCGCGUCAACCGCCCGACAGCGGUGCUUGUGGCCGCGGCGCCGUCGCAGCGUGAGAUCACGCCAGCGACGCCGUCCGCCGCGGUAGCGGCGUCGCUGACGCCUGGUGCGACAACCUCGCCAGGCGGGGUAUCCUCGUUGUCGCCGACUGCCACAUCGACUGUAGCAGCCAAGGUUCGUUCGCCUUCGCGGCGGCAGCGCAUGGCUGCGCGGCUGCGUGCUGUCGCCGCCGCCGCCGCCUGCUGCGUCGCGCCGGUGCUGACGUCGCCGCAGUCAGGCCCGUCGCGACAGGCGGCGGGCUCAACAGCCGCAUCGCCGCAGGACACACCAGAGGUGCAGGCGGAAGCGGGGGCUGGGCCGGUGCAAGUGACGGGCCUCACAGCAGGAGGUGGGGAGCAGGUUGCGGUGACGCGGAUUGCAAGCAGCCAGGCGGAUGCCGAGCCGAAUGCGGUGGCUGUUACUGCUGUUGAUGCUGCAAACCCGGUGGGGGCAUUGACUGUGGCGGCAACAGCACCUGCUGCGAUGCAGCCGCGUCCAGAACUCUGCGAGGAGCAGCUGAGUGCGUUUGAGGCGGGCAAGGCAAAGGGCCACAGUCACGGCACUAGCGGCAGCAGCAGCGACGGCACCGGUUGCAGCGGGACGGACUGCAGCGGCAGUAGCGAGCGUGCUCAGUCCAGCCCGGCAGCUACGGCUGCGGCUACAGCCAGAGCUUCGGCGCUGAAGCCCGGGUGGGAUGAUGCGGAUGCUGCAGAGGUCGACGCGGCGGCUGAGUUUGGCUCACGCACUGUUGUGGGACCGCUGGCGGCGAUGCUGAAGGCGGCUGCGCCGCCGCCAGCCCUAGUGGCAGCAAUAGCUGCCGCAGCCACUGCGCCUGGCGCGUGCCUGUCUACGUACACAGCAGCCGCUUUGAGGUGUGGUGCAGCCACCGGCGGUGCUGCCUUGCCCUCAGCUAUCGCAGCACCGGGAACCCCAGAGCCGUCAGCCGGACCACCGUCGGCAGGUGCUCCUCCGCCUGCAUUAUCCCUAUCCCCGGCGGCUGCACUGCGGGAGUCGCUGCAGCGCGUGCCGCACUUCAAGGCGGACCGGGCCGCACGCGAGGCGGCGGCGGCCGUGGAGGUUGCCAUCAGCGCCGGCGAGGCCGCCGAAGAGGCUGCCGAGGAGGCGGAAGGCGCCGCCGAAGCCGCGUUCGACUCUUACGAGGAAAAGAUGUACGACGGCGCGCUCAUGGAGGCGGAGAAGACGAGGGAGUUGGUGGCCACGGCCGAGGCGGAGGCGGCGCGGGCUGCGGGGGCGGUGGCGGCGACCAAGCGGGCGUGUGCAGCCUGGACGGCGGCGUUGGAGGAGUGCAGUCGCGUGGCGGCUGCAGAGGAGGCGGAGGCAAAGCGUGUGCGGCAGGCGCAGGCGGCGCGGGUGGCGGAGGCGGCGCGCCUGGCUGCGGGGUCUGGCGGAGCUGUGGCUGGCGGGGAGGCGCUCGUGCCCACCAUCAAGAUGUGCAGCGGAGGCGCGGCGGGCGCCAGCGGUGUGGCUGCAGCCAAGGUGAAGAAGGCGCUGGAGACGGCGCGCCUGGCGGCGCAGGUACGGGCGGCGCAGGUGGGUGGACUGCUCACGGAGACUCGCCGCACCGCCCGCGAGCUGGGCUCCGUCGGCGACUUCAUUGUGGCAGAGGCGGCGGCGCUGGCGGCGGCGGCGGAGGCCGAGAAGGCGGCUGAGGCGGCUUGCAAGGCGGCGCGUGCCGCCGCCGCCGCCGUGCUGGCGGCGCGCGGCACUCCGGCGGCCGCCGUGCACCACACCCCAACCACGCGCGGGGAGAAGCUGGCGGCGGCGGUGGCGGCGGCGGAGGCCGCCGCCACGCAGGCGCGCGAGCAGCGUGACAAGGUGCGCGCGGCGGUGCGGGUGCCGCGGGCGGCCCUGCGGGACGUCAGGCGCGCCAACGCCGCGGCGGCACGCGCGGCGCGUGCGCUUGAGCAGAUGGAGGCAAAUGAAAAGCCCCUGGCAACCGCGCUGGCGGCCGUGGCAGCGGAGGUCGCCGUGGAGGCGGCGCCAGCAGGACGCACAGCCGGCAGCGGCGGCAAGGGCGAGUCAGCGGCUCAGGCUGCGUGGAGCAAGGCCGUGACGGCGGCGGAUGCGUAUCUGUCGGCGCCGCCUCGUCCGCCGAAGAGUGGCAGCAGGACUGCAGCAGCGGCGGCGGCUGUAUGAACCCGACGAGUGUGUGGGGUCUUCCGGGUGUGAGGCUGCUGCUGUCGAAAGAUUGCAAUGCUGCGCGGCCAAACGUAAUGUGGUCGCGCGAGGUGGGAGCCGUGGUCACUGCAUAUACAUGCAUCUGUAUGAGUGGCCAGCUUGGGGCGGGGUUGCUUUUGGUUAGCCCAUUUUUCCUGUGGGACCAUUUUUGCCGUGGGAUGACCCCUUACACCAAGCAGUUCACCAGUUAACGCAUCAGCGAAGGGAGGGGGGCAUUCAACGCGCUACGCGCAGGCUGAAAUGUGAUGCACUUGCAUGUCGACUGUGGUAUGUGAAGUGUGACUUGAGUGCUCGCAUGUGAUGUGAUUGCGUCCAUACCCUACCACUGUGACUGUUUACCGUAGUGCACCAGUACGGCGCCGGUAUGGUACCGUACUGUACAUGUAAGGUACCUUCAGCGACUACGACAGCGGUGUUUGACGUCGGGUGUUGAAAUGUAUUCUGCGUGCUGUUAGGACUGCGUGCGCUCCUUUGGCGUGGUUUGACUCGACCUCGACUUGACUGGGGCUGUUGUGAUACCGGUAACCGGUGCCGCAUGGAUGUGCAUCAGAACGUUCUGAUACCGGUGCCAAUGUCGGAGAGCGCUAAGAUGGACCACAUUCAUGGCAUUAAUAUAUUGGUAUGAGUCCGAGUAAGUCACCGGCCCAAGGCAAAACGUGGUGCGAGACUGUCUUUAUAACAGUAGGUAAAUGUCUUUUUACCAUUAGGUCUUGCCCUAUCAUCCCAUAUGAGAGCCAUGCCUGUCGCUGUAGGUGGCCACUAAGGUGUGUCCCCACGGCGUGUCCCCUUGAGGCUUGACCAUGUGCGAUGCCGCAGUCCUUGGUCGGUCCUUGGCUGUCCCACCUUGUAAUACCAAACUUGU